ACAUCUUACACACAGAUGCUGUACGGUCCACUUAUCCUCAUACAUAUUUAUUUUUUGGUAGGUCAUUCACAUCCUUUCCUUUUUUUAGUAGGUCAAAUGUCGGUCAAAGGUAGAUCAAACGUCACUUUCGCACAUGGCCAAACGUCAAAAUUGUUGUUUACAGAUCUAGAUAAUCGCCGGUUUGACUGACUAUUUUUAGCCGCAUACUGUGUUUUACGUGACAUCCUGAGAUCCUGAAACAGUUACAAUAUAUUCGCCCGAAAUCGUUCAAUAAUGCGACAGCUGCUAAACAUGUAUUGUGAAAUCAUCAAGUAGUUCGUCCAUACUUUGUGAAGUACCAUUACGUAUAAAUAAAUAUACAUAUUCCGAGAAAGUGAUAAUAACACUAAAACAAACAAUUAUUAUAUUGGUCGAUACUCGAUACCACUGCGCGGCGUAGGUAUUUUCUAGUCUCGUCCACAUAUUUCAGUGACGAUAAGAUGUAUUUCAAAGCUGCGGUAAAACCUAGAGCUGUGUUGCGUGUUUAUCGGAACUUUUCUUGCAGUUCUGUCAGGAAUAGUAAACACAGUUGCAAACUACUAAUUGUUGGAGGUGGUACGGGAGGUUGCUCGGUAGCGGCAAAAUUCGCAAAAUGUCUCAAAAAGAAAGAACUCUAUGUGUUGGAGGCCAGCGAAGAUCACUAUUACCAACCUCUAUUCACUCUUGUUGGCGGCGGCAUGGAAACGUUAGAAGAGUCCAGGAAAAACGAGGCUGAUGUGCUGCCAAAAAACUGCACCUGGUUGAAAAGCAAUGCAGUCCGUUUUGAUCCGAUGGAAAACACUGUGACUGCACAGACUGGGGACGUGAUAAAAUAUGAUUUUCUUCUUGUGGCCGUUGGAUUGGAGCUGAGAUAUGACAAGAUUCCAGGUCUUGAAGAGGCUCUAAGUAAACCUUCAAAAUCUUCAGGAGUUUGCUCAAACUACUCUCCGAAGUAUGUAAAUAGAACGUGGGAAGUUUUGCAGCAGUUGACAGACGGUAAUGCGUUUUUCACCUUCCCAAAUAGUCCUGUGAAGUGUCCUGGAGCGCCGCAGAAGAUUUGUUACAUAGCUGAUGCGUAUCUGAGAAAGGAAGGAAGGAGAGAGAAAGUUAACGUGACUUACAACACGUCAUUACCAGUAAUUUUUGGCGUGAAGAAGUACGCUGAUGCUUUGUGGAAAGUGUGCAAAGAAAGGGAUAUUAACGUGAAUUUGAGAACAAACUUAAUCGGCCUGGAUUCUGAUAAAAAAGAGGCCACUUUUCAAAAUUUAGAUAAGCCCGAAAUCAAAACAACUACACAGUAUUCAAUGCUGCACGUAACCCCACCAAUGGCGACUCCACAAGCGGUGUCUAGCAAUACAGAUCUGUCGAAUGCAGCGGGAUUUGUUGAAGUGAACAAUGGCACGUUGCAACACAUACGGUUUCCGAAUAUUUUCGCGAUCGGUGAUUGUAGUUCAUCGCCUAACUCGAAAACCGCCGCAGCAGCAGCUGCCCAGUGCGAAAUAAUCCACAAAAACCUCUGUGCCGUAAUGGAGGGUAGAACGCCGGAAGAAAAGUACGACGGAUACGCGUCCUGCCCUCUGGUGACCGGUUACGACAAAUGCAUCCUGGCGGAGUUCGAUUACAACCUCAGCCCGUUGGAAACUUUCCCUUUCAGCCAGGAUAAGGAAAUGCGCAGCAUGUUUAUGCUGAAAAAGUCCAUUAUGCCGCCGUUAUAUUGGCAUCUUAUGUUGAAUGGUUACUGGAAUGGACCGAGUCUGUUCAGAAAAAUAAUGCACCUUGAUUUCGCAUAUGGCAACAAGAGGAACCCGGCAAAGCAGGAUUGAUUCCUUUCACAUUCCCUUUUAAUAAUCCUUAACCCUUCUUCCCUAUCGAAAUAAGACGGCACAAAGUGCCAUCUAUUAUGAGAAUCGACUACCAAGCGAGGGAAAACAUCAGUUCGCAUUUUCAGCUUCAACAGACAGCUCGUUGUUUUAGCUUUCGCAGAGUGGUAAAUUCUGGUAAUACAUGGCACUUUGUGCUGUCUUACUUAUACUCUCAAUAGAGGUUUCGUUCAUUGUCCUACCGAGACCGAGCGUACACCGUACCGAAGAGUUGCCGAAUAGCACGAAACAGCUAUCCAUGGUUAGCCGUCAGUGGUCGGACAACUCAAAGCUCAUUACUUUCAUAUAAUCCCUAACCCACGUUUUCCCGUUUAUCCUACAGGGCAUUGGAAUGGACCAGCACCUUUCAGGAAAAUGAUGCAUUGGGGCCAAGUCAAAAAUGGAAGCAAGAAAAGGUUACAUAUCUAAGCAAAUCUGUAUGUUCCUGAACACAAAAUUAAGUAUGAUAUGUUACUAGUUUGUCUUUCAAAUCAUUUAUUUACUUUUUUUAAAAGUGAAAAAAACAAAAAUUGUCAAUUUUUAGUUAGGUAUGCGAUUAUCUCAACAGAUUUAUAAAAAUAUUGUUUUCUUGAUAAACAUUUAUGGCACUAAAAAGUUUUCCCAAUAUUAUAAACAAAUAAACAAAAACAAAUAUAUGAAAUAUUUCCUAGUGACACCCAGUAUAUGAUUAGAACAUUUGUCUCAUAUAUUUAACUGUAAAAUAAUGAAAUUACUAACAUAGCAGUAUUAUAAACCACAUGACAAUAUAUUUUUUUCUUAGACCUAGUACUUUUUAAAAUAUAUUAUGAAAUAUAUAUUUUGCAUGUCUGCUGUAUAUUUUGGGUAAAUUAUCAUUUGAAAUUUUUUAUAAAUAAAUUGUUUCCGUUCUAUUAUUCCUCAUAACCUUUUUGUAUUUAUUUACACGUCUGACCAUGCCGGCGAAAUGCAAUGAGAGCAUAUUAAGCAACAUGAUCGUUGAGCCAUUCCUUCACAGAUGGCGCUCACAGCGAGGAUUGGGCAAGCGACUACUUAG